AUGUCCACGUUCCUGAGAAAGGUUUGGGAAUCGGUUUCGUACCGUUCGAAUUCGAAUUCGAACUCGAAUUAUGAUUACACAUCGCACUGCUCGUCGACUGGAGCAUUUGAUCGAUUACCUCUCGAUAUAUUUAUUAUAAUCGUGAAAUUUCUUGGACCGAAAGAUUCGGCGAAGCUAUGCGCUGUGUGCAAAUCGUGGAAACUAAUUGUUUCAGACAAUCGGCUAUGGAUAUACUUUCUUCAGAAUCAACGAGAGCCAUGGGACUCAAACUUCUUCGGCGAAACGCACUUGCGAUUGGGUUAUCCUCAUCGAACAUUCCCUUAUCAGAUGCCGGAGUUGUCAUUCAUGCACAUCUAUGGCCAACGUGCACAGGUCCCUGGCUCUGUUAUCAUCGAGGUCGGUUCGGGAUAUUGCAAAUUUGGGUGGAGCAAAUAUGCUUCUCCGUCUGGGCGGUUCGCAACUUUUUUGGAAUUUGGUAAUAUUGAGUCUCCCAUUUAUUCAAGACUCCGACAUUUUUUUGCAACAAUUUAUAGCAGAAUGCAAGUGAAAACAUCCACACAGCCAGUUGUUGUGUCUGUUCCAAUCUGCCAUUAUGAUGAUACUGAAUCUGCCAAAGCGGCUAGAAGACAGCUAAAAGAAACCAUCUAUAUGGCGCUUUUUGACAUGAAUGUUCCAGCUGUUUGUGCCAUCAACCAGGUAGCAACUUUAGCUUUAUUCGCGGCUAGAAGGACUUCAGGAAUUGUAGUUAACAUUGGUUUCCACCAAACAUCUGUUGUUCCCGUUUUUCAUGGCCAAGUAAUGCGCAAGGUGGGCGUGGAAGUCAUGGGAAUGGGGGCACUAAAGCUUACUGGAUUCCUUAGGGAGCAGAUGCAACAGCAUAAUAUGCAUUUUGAUUCAUUAUAUACUGUGCGUUCAUUGAAGGAGAACCUGUGCUAUGUCGCUCUUGAUUAUGAAGCUGAGCUAGCAAAAGAUACACAAGCAUCAUUUAAAGUUGCAGAAGCCUUGUUCACUCUGUCGAAAGAGCGCUUUCAAACAGGAGAGAUUCUUUUUCAGCCACGGCUUGCAGGAGUGCGUGCAAUGGGUUUGCAACAGGCUGUGGCACUUUGCAUAGAUCAUUGCCAAGAUGCAGAAUUAACAGGCGAUGAUGGUUGGUUUAAGACUGUAGUCUUGGCUGGGGGGGUCUGCGUGUUUACCGGGACUAUCAGGUAG